AUGCAAACUACCUUCCUCCCGACGAACGUGAGGGAGUAUAUAGACAAGCAAAUCAGAGCGUUUAUCUGGGGAAGCUCGGAGGGAGGCAGGAAGAUACACUUGAUCGACUGGGAAACUAUUUGCAACCCUAAAGAGGAAGGCGGCCUUGGACUCCGUAAUGCUACUAGAAUGAAUGAAGCUUUCAUGCUCAAAAUAGCCUGGAGAUUGAUGGCGGAACCGGAGAGUCUAUGGGCCAGCAUUGUACGGGCGAAGUAUCUACGACGUAUGGAAGGGGGAUGGCAGCCAAGAACUCCAGGCCGCCUGUCGAACCUGUGGCGGGGUGUCCUUCGGAUCCUCCACCUGAUCCCGGACGCAAUUAUGUGGAAUAUUAAGAGCGGCAGGAGCACUCGGUUCUGGACGGAUAGGUGGUUACAAGACGACCCGGUUUUGGCGGACUUGGCGGCCAACCUCCCGCAAGAAGCGCUCUCGCUGACGGUUGCUGAUAUGGUCCUCAACGGCGAUUGGAAUAUUUCUUAUCUUCGUGCUUUUUUGCAGGACGAUAGCGUCAGCACUAUCCAGCUGCAUCCGGUGCCUCAUGAAGAAGGGGAGGAUGUUGCUGUUUGGCGGUACACCCCGGAUGGCUGCUUCUCUUUGAAGACGGUGUAUACGUUGACUGACUCACUUCUACUGUCACUCUAG